CUUAUACCUAGUGUUCAUCUUUAAUACAAAUACUUACCUAUCAUGUUUGUUUGCAACGUCGUCGCAGUUGAACUUGCUCAAUUUUUGGGAACUUGAUCGUAAACUAUAAGGCAAUUCUGGAGGCUCCGGCAGAUUUUUGAAACUCGCACCGGCCGUCCUUAGGUUGAUCGCGAUCCGGCACCUCACGACGUUGCCAAAUGUAUAACGUUUUAGUACCAGUAAAUUUAUUUAUGCUUGAUUUCCACUUUUUUCACUCAAAAAUGAAUCGCGUCAUCCUACCCAAGCGGUACACUUCGCGGGGGAGGAGCCAAGCCAGAUUAGUUUUAACCACCGAUUUUCAUUUUUCAUUUUUACUAUUGGCAAAGUGACUUCAAGAUGAACGAAGCAGUCGUGUAUCAUGAAAAUCACGAUAUGCAGAAGACCGCAGUUCGUUCAACUUUAUUUAGACAUCUACCAGAAAUGCAACUAGACAAAAAGAAAAACUUGAAAAUUUUAGAUAUGGGUUGUGGACCUGGUGACCUGACACUGGAAUUACUCAACUUGAUUCCAAAUACGGAAAAAAUGGUCGGUAUCGAUAAAUCGGAUGCCAUGAUUGAUUUUGCAAAUACCCAUUACCAGUGCAAAGAUGAAAGAUUGCAUUUCAAAAAGGAAGAUAUUUAUUGUGUCGAUACAAAAUACUCGCAGUUCGAUGCAGUAUUUUCGUUCUUCGUUCUGCAAUGGGUAAAUCAAAGAAAAGCAGUGACAAAUAUUUACAACGUUUUAAAACCAGGAGGUCAAGUAUUGUUACUGUUCAUCAGCGAUAGUCCAAAUUAUGAGCUCAUAAGCCAGCUUGCAUUAACGCGUAAAUGGAGUCCAUAUUUGAAAGAUUAUUCACCAAAACGAUUUAAUGACGAAACACCAGAUAUCGCAAUAAUAAUGGAGCAAUUGGGUUUUAACAUUACCACAUGUUUAAACGAAAACAAAAGCCACGCGUUUUCCAAAGAAAAAUAUUAUGGAACUCGCGUUGUUUUAAUUUUAGAGUGGACGAAGGCAUUAAUCUCACCAAUUAAUCCUUUCUUACAAGACAUCCCAAGAUGUCAAUUGGAAGAUUUUGAAGAGGAUUUAAAAAAAAUUAUUCCCGAGAAUAAGAAUAUCUGCUUCAACAAUUCGAAGAAUGAAGUGACGUUUAAUUUUCGUACAUUAACGAUUAUUGCAAAUAAAAUAUAGGUAGGUAUUAUACUUACUGUACAAGUGUACAUAUAUGUAUGUAUUAGGUUUUAAUUCGCAGUACUUAUUAAAUGUUUAUUUUUUUAA